AUGCUCCUUACCAUAGCUGCAGAGAACCGAACAACCUCUGCAUCAAGGAAGGUGGAUAUGGUGCAAUAUUUGGACAGACUUGGCACUGAAUAUCCCCCAAAUGCAACAAAGGUAAUACUGUAUAAAAUCAUCCUGGCCAGGAAACCACCGCCAGUGUAUCAAAUUGACAACUUGCUGAAGCUUCAUGGACACGAGGUCAUUCGGUUGCCGCCUUACCACUGCGAUCUAAAUACUAUUGAACUUGUGUGGGGACAUAUAAAGAACAACGUGGCCAAGAAAAAACGUUCCUUCAAAUUAAGAGAUGAGAAGAACAUCGUUCAUGAAGAAAUCCGAGACGUUACGCCAGAGUUGUGGAACCGUUGUGUACAGCAUGUGCUAGAUAUUGAACAGCAGUACUGGAAAAAGGAUGGUUUGCAAAAGGGGUGUGUUAACCCAGUGAUUGUGGAUUUGAACUCAGACAGUGACACAGACGUAGAACUAGGUGUAUACGACACUUCAGGAUCAGAUGGAGAACAGUGA